AUCCUCCUUUGUCUUGUUGAGUUGUAACAUGAAUACAGUAUGUCUUUCUUGAGUACGACGGAAAAUGUUGGGUUCAGUGGUAUUCCACAGAAUAUAUCAGAUGGAAGCUGUGCGACACAGUACAAGAUGGCAGUGGACGGUGUGUCAGGGAGUUGUAGUGAAGUCAAUUUGUUCAUACAUGAUAGCUCUGGGGAUGAACAACCUUAUAUAACACACAUCAAUGACAGUUACUUUCAUACCAAAUUUAAAAUAGAUCCCAAUGACCUUUAUGCAUUUCAUGACUCUGAUGUCAUUGCUGGCGAAAUCACAGUCAGUCACACAGAUGACAAUUUUAUAUUUAGUGAUGCUGAUGUAAAGCCGAAACUCCUUGACAGUCCAAACAAAGAAAUAGAUCUCAUUGAAACACUCACAAAUGGGGAAAUCAAAGAGGAAAAGGAGGAGAUUAUUCAAAAUGGACAUUAUUCACCUGUCAGUAAAACUAAUGUUGUAAAGCAACAGACUGGUAAUUUUAAAGACAAUAAGACUAAUACCAAAGUUUUGAAAGCUAAAUGUCAGAGUCAGGUUAAGAAAGAGACCACACCAAUAAAUAUUACUGAGAUUCGAAGGCUAAGUGUGCACAGCCCCAAGGGUGCAUGUGCUAAUACUGCUGCUGCAUCUAAAACCAGCGUUAAUAGUGUUAAUACCAACAGUGUACCUAGUAAUAUCAAGGGUACUUCAACAGCAUCAAAAUCAGGUGGUGAAACUUUCUUGGAUGUCUUUAAGAGGGAACAAGGUUUGGUAGAGAGCCCACCUGCAGUUAUCAAAACUGAAUCUCCUGGUCCUUCUAUGGCAGCAGCCCCCCCCACCAAAAAUUUCUCAGGUAAAACAGCGCAAGCAAAACCGCGCCGCGGUCGCGGGCCCGCCGUCCACGAGGCGUUACAACGGAUACCAUCCCAACGCCGUGCUCUACCACAGUCGAGGAGCGAAUGGCAUGCGCCGGGAGACGAGCUGUUCUCAUGCGGACCUUUGGAUGAUAAACAUCCUAUACCUUUUACACAAGACAGCAGCAGUGAUGAUGAUAACAUGCCCGACUUUGAAGCUGGAACUGGACCUGUAUGUGUAGAAGAAACUGAAGUUGAAUCGCGAAGUGCCAGGCUUGCGCUACGCAAGGCCGCGCUGCGGCGACACGUGAUGCGAGCUGAUACAGAGCUAAGGCUGAAAAAGGAUUAUCGCAAGCCCCGCGAAAUCGCCACGCUUAUCAAGAAGCAACUAUCAGGCCAAGGAUCUUCGUGCAAGCUGCCGAGCAUUACAAUUAAUCAUUUAUUGGCUCUUCGAGGCUUACCUUCCGUGCUUACCUCGCAAGAGCGUCGCAAACUUAGAGAAUUCGGUUGGUCAGGAGGCGAAAGUGGAUCAACAGAGUCAACCACCGGCUCAAAGUGCGCAGACGAGAAAUGUGCACAACGACCAAUACCGUGCGGGAGAUUCUGCUUGUCCCACGUGACGUUAGAGCCCGAGCAACGGCUUUACGCAGCUUGUGCUGCGGUGUUCGCUGGGGGAUCGCGAUGCAUGCAGCCGCUGUUGCCGCUGCAAGAGCAGACGCCUCUAUGUGCUGAACAUGCGUGGAAACGAGACAACUACGACAAGUUAAGCCGCGACAGCAAGCCUAAGAAAGUAGCGCCAGUGCGCAAGCGCGUCUGGCCACCUGCGCCGCGACCACCGCGCCGCCCGAAGCGCCGCCGUCGACCCCCCGCACGACCAAAGCCGUCGCCACAGCAGUCGCUCUCAGAAAUCAACGUAUGCUCAAAUUCUUCAGCGUACGAUAGUUCAGAAGACACCACAAUGGGAGCACUCAGCGAGAGCGAAUAUAUUACGACAGGAAGUUCCCAUGAGUUGGAAGUUGAAGUUGGACAUGUACCACCAGACGACAUUCUGGAUCCUGCGGUGCUCAGCCAAAUACCAGAUGAAGCUUUUACGGAGUUUUUCAAUCAGGCUGAAGCGAGUGGCACGUUCGUGGAGAGCUCAGAGCUGGCGGCAGCACUCGAAGCGCUGGACGAACGUGCUCUUGACAACAUCGACUGCGUCUUCCCGCCACAACACGCCGCCGUUAAAACUAAGAUGCAACAAUUACCACCAGUAAGCAUGCAGUCGAGCGCGCCUUCAUAACAUCCGUAAUACUAUAUACUAAGUUUAACUUAAAACUAGGAACAAAUUCGAUAUCGUAGUCUCAACGAGUUGGAAUAUUUUCUUUUUAUGCUUUAAGUUUACCGCGUGUUUGUAGGAAUGUGAGCUAUGUUAUGUUAGUGAAAUGGUGCAUUUUGAGAUGGAUGCCGCAUUGUGGAGAGAUGAACGGGAUCUUGAAAUUGUUAUUGGACUUCUUUUUCGAUUGUUUUAGAUUUGAUAGAGAGGUGAAAUAAGUUUUCCGUGAGAUCAUACGGUCGUGUGAACUAUAUUUGGUAAAAUUUUGUAAUUAUGAAACAUUUUUUUUAUUGAGAAUAAUUUACAAGCAAGAGGUUUUGGUGCAUUAUUUCGGCUGCUCCCUUUAUUUCCAUACCUUAAUACUAAUAAUGAGUUUGGGAACUGUAGUAAAGUUACAACUUAUGUUUGAAAGUUGUUAAUUUUUAAGGCGACCACGUUCGCAUUGCAGGCGACAUUAAUUAGUGAUGCAACGGAAACGGAUGUCAAUGCUAAUUAUAUAAAAAAUAGCGGAAGUGUAAAUGCUAUAAAGAGCUCGACAUAAUAGUUCCAAACAGGGUUGAUGUGGUGGUGAUUUUGGUUUCAUAAAAUUGCGCUUAAUACAACAUAAAAUUGCUAAAAAGCGCUUACCGCACAGCCAAACAAAACGCGCGCGCGCCUCAUCUGAUACGCAUGUUUUGUAUACUUUCGUUAUAAAAGUUGCGGAAGCAGAAACGGAAACAGAAGCAGGAGUCUGUUGCAUCACUACCGUGAAUGCCUUGUCGUAUAUUUUUAUC